AUGAAUACAGAUAAGACCGGUGGUUCCACAGUGUAUGGGCCGGACCAUCCAGACAGUCAACAUUACGAAGACUCGGAUUCAGCAAUGGCGACAGCCAUCCAACAAUCGAUUGACUCUUCUAAUAACAAUUUCAAAGCAGUUGAAGGAAAUUAUUAUCAGAAAUAUGGUGAACAAGAGUCAGGUGAACUGCAGAAAUUUGGCCCAGCUACUAGAGAAAGUUACGAUUCUAAGCAAUGGGGUAUAGUUCCUUACAGCGAAGCUUCUUCUUCUACCUCCACGGUAGCUGCUGGGUUGCAACAAGCACAAGGAUCAACUACACCUAUUAUAUAUGAAUUCCGAAAUGGUAUUCCAAUAGUUUUACCUGCUGACGAUGCUAUUUAUAUUGCCCCCUUGAUGAUGAUUAUUCACUCCAUUCCUCUUGGACGCAAGGCACUAUUGAAUGGCGGAGUAGAUUUGGUUCCUGAUUACGGUUUCGAUCCACUCUGGUGGCUUGGCGAAAAGCUUAUCGAUUUACAGGAUGGUCCGAUACAUAAUAGAGAGAGGCUGAUGAUCGAGAUUCAGCGGUAUACUGCUUUUCUAGAUGGUGAAUCACGAAGACCUUGUGCGUUAAUAGCAGGUGUCAUCUCCGAAGCUGGACCAAGGGCUUCAAAGCUAAUACUUAAAUCCAAUUCACAAGAUGAAAAACCAAUUGGAAGAUUCUUGCAGGACUUGGUCAAGUUUUGGGGUCCAGAUUCUGAAUUUGCUAAUGUAUUUCAAUCAACCGCUAUGCAAGAGAGGCCAUCAUCUUUUGAAGAGGAAGACGGUGAAGUUAUUCAGAAGUUUACUAAUUUGGUUACUGACGUGACAGUUGCGCUUCAACAAUCAAUAUACGACUUUAUCGAUGAUUUAAUGUCUGCUGAUGGUGGAGCUCCGACUACUUUUAUCAAAGACAUCAGUGACAUUGUAAAUAUCACCAUCAAACGAGAUGAUGGAAAUUCUGGUACUGGUAUAGAAAUUCCUGCAAUAUGGUAUCCAGAUCGAUAUUCUGAAGAGUAUUUUGAAUGUGUCAAUCUAUUACAUCGAAGAAGAACAGAGUUCCGUAAACAACUUACAGAUUUGAAUGCGAGACGACUUGAGAUCUCAUCAACAAAGGGCAAGGAUAUUUCUAAGCUGCUGAACAUUUCCUAUGAUUAUAUCAAGGAAAUUAGCGAAAAGGCAUCUGAUGAAGAUAAAGAAAAUUUCAGUUUAGUAGAAAAAGAGCUUGCGGAUGUAAAAAACUUGUACAAACACCGAAAAGAAUCCAUCGUUGAACAAGUAACUCAAACACAACAAAUAAUGCUCCGUGAGGCGAAUCUUUUCAAAGGCUUAUUGAGCGACGAAGAUAAGAAGUAUCUGGCAGAAAUUUAUCCUGCAGCCCAGUCUCUUCCUGCUAUGCGGCCAUACAGGUUGCGAGGUCUUAUAAUAAGCCCGACUGAAUUCUGUUUCUUGCGGUCACAACCAGCAGAUGAUGAUGUCGACCUUGUUGAUUUGGGAAAUGACGGUGACAGCGAGAAAUCGUUUCGAGACCCCACUUGGACUAAGAUUGUUUGGGGGGAUCUGAGUGAGAACGGCUCUAGUGAAUUGUAUGUUGGGCAAAUCACUCAGCAGGAUGCGAUAAAUUGGGCCAAACAAGGCUCCUCCGGUUAUAAAUGGCAAGAAGUAGUUGCUUUCUAUGCAAACGAUUAUGCUACAAAUGUAGAGGCACACAAAGUUGCCCUUUCGGAAGGACUGAGGAAGUUUAUUCAAGCUGAUAAACAAUGUCUUGAGGAUCAGGUUGCGAACGUCAAAGAAGAUGAAGAGAUCAAAGUGGAGCAUGAAGAGAAGUCUAGAUAG